UCUGAAUGUCCAACAUGAUAUGCGUACUUGGAAACGCACGAGGUCUCAAGCACGUAGCACUCGGCGAUAGUUUCAUCAACCUUGCACUGAAUCUACAGCCAUGAGCACUUCCAUCGCCGCCGUGCUCCUCCUCGUCGUCUCGUGCCUCCACUGCGCGUGCGCCGUCCACCGGCCCAAGCGCUUCACCUCCAUAUUCAGCUUCGGCGACUCGUACGCUGACACCGGCAACUUCGUCAGGCUGGCCGCGCCGCUGGUCCCCUUGGUUCCUUUCAACAACCUCCCCUACGGAGAGACGUUCUUCGGCCACCCUACCGGGCGGGCGAGCGACGGCCGCAUCGUCCUCGACUUCAUUGCUGAUGCUUUAGGUUUACCCUUCGUGCCGCCAUCCUUGGCUAAGGAGCAGAGCUUCACCGAGGGCGUGAAUUUCGCAGUCGUGGGGGCGACGGCUCUGGACCUGGCGUUCUUCCUGCAACAGAACAUCACCUCUAUUCCCCCGUUCAACAGCUCCCUCAGUGUCCAGCUCGGGUGGUUCGAGGAGCUCAAGCCUUCGCUAUGCAACACCACGAAAGGCUAUACGUGCAUGUAUGCAGGAUGCGAGGAUUACAUGGGCAAGUCUCUCUUCUUCAUGGGAGAGUUCGGAGGGAACGACCACGUCUUCUUCCUGGCUGCCAAUAAGACCGUGGACCAAACGAGAGCCUACGUUCCUACCAUUGUCAACGCCAUAACCGACGGUGUAGAGAGGCUGAUCCAUCACGGCGCCAAGAGCAUCGUCGUGCCGGGGAUCCUGCCGACGGGCUGCAUACCCAUCAUGCUGACGCUGUUCGCGAGCCCGGACCCGUCAGACUACGACCGGUACGGCUGCCUCGAGAAGUUCAACGGCUUGGCGCGCUACCACAACGCUCUCCUCCGGCGCCAGGUCCAGGCGCUACGGUGCAAGUACCCGUACACGAAGAUCGUGCUCGCCGACUACUACCGGCCCAUCCUCGCGUUCCUGAAGAAACCUGCCCGUUUCGGGUUCAACAGCAGCUCGACGCUGGUGGCGUGCUGCGGGGCGGGCGGCGGCAAGUACAACUACAAUCCCAUGGCGGCCUGCGGUUUUCCCGGCGCGACGGCGUGCGCGGACCCAUCCAAGGCGGUGAGCUGGGACGGCAUCCACCUCACGGAGUCGGCGUACAAGGACAUCGCCGGGACAUGGCUGCGCGGCUCGUUCGCCAAACCACCCAUACUGAGUCUCGCGCAUUGAUCGUUUGCUUGAUUUGAGCUUCAAGGAACGGCGAGCGGGCAUGGAGCCUCGGUGGUGAGCUGAGCCCGGCAUGUUCGAACCCUAUGCGUCGUACCUCCUAUCUAAAUAGCCUUUA